UGAGGUCCGCGGAAUUGCUCCCCGUCUGUGGGCACGAGGAUGAUGCGAGACACUCUUUACAACGAGUCACUCAGGACUUCCCCGCCCCCUCCCCGCGGUGUAUCUCUCGAGAGCAGAGGUUUCGCCUGGUGGGUGGCGGCUUUCUAGGCGCAGUUGGCGGCGCACUUCGCACUAAAGACAACUUUAUCGGGUUAAACGGGGCGCUCUCCCCUCCCAGCCUAAUCUUUGUUAGCCCCGAGUUUUCCUCCGCGGUGCUCGUGGGCGCCAGUAGCCCCGCAGCAUCAGCAGCCCACAUGAUCUCAUCGCGCAGCCUUGGCAGGUAGCAUUUGAGAUGGCACACUCUCCGACCGGGGGGCAGAGCCAAAUGGACAAUGGGGAUACUAAUGAGAACGACGCACCGGAAAAGACUGAGAAAACUAGCGGGGAUACAAGGGGAAAGGACAGGAAGGACAAGACAGAACUAAGACAAAGAAAGGUCGAAAACGAUGCGGAUGUGAAAAAAUUGAAGGGAGAAAGAGGGGCGAAAAAAGACGAUGAGGCAACGGACGAUAUAAAGGGGGACGGUUACGUUGGCGAGAGGAAGGAGGUAAAGGAAAAGGACAUAAAAAGGGAACAAAAAGUAAAAGAGGCCGGAAAGGCGAACGGAUGUGAAAAGGGCAAGGAAAAUGAUGAAGACAAAGACAAGGAGAAGGAAGAUUCUGAAGGAGAGAAAACACCGACGAUGUUCGAGAAGAUCUGCUAUAAAAUGAACAUCAACCCAAACUUAGUAAUGCUCAAAAUCACUCUCUUCAUGAUGUACGGAGCAACCGCUUCGUUACUUCCAUACCUUACCAUCCACAUGCAAAGUAUUGGACUGACAGUAGAAGAGAUAGCAAUAGUUUACCUCGCCCUACCACUCACCACUUUCCUCAGUCCCCCAGUUACAGGCUUUCUAGUGGACAAGAUAGGUAACUACAAGCCAGUGGUGAUCUUCACUCUGGUCCUGAACGCGGCUUUCCAUCACUCCUUGCUGCUCAUCCCGGCCAUGGAGACCCCGGGCGUCAUGCCAGCUGCCUAUGUGAUGCGCCAUCCCGUCACCGGGAAAGUGGACGUGUGGUGGUCGCCGUGCCCGAGCCGCGAGUGUCCCGAGGCGGAGGAGCUUGACCUGGUGCUGGACGACUGCCUGGACCACUGCCUGCUGCUGGAGCCCGAGGCCAAGCCCAAGAAGAAGACCCUCCUCCAGGAGAUCCACCAAGGCAUCGCUGUCCGCCCGCCCACGCUGCUGCCGGAGAAGGAGAAGCCCCCACCCACCAAGGAGGAGGCGGACAAGGUCAUGCUGGGGCAAAAGGGCCCUGGAGGUCCCAACGAUGGCCUUAACUUUACUUCCAAACCCAGUAAGAAGACCAAGAAGAGCAACUCUACGAGCAGCAUCCUGCUCCCAAAUGCCACCGAGACCACCACCAAGCGGCCGGCAGACACUCCUCGGGUGUACUUCAUGCUGGACAUGCACCCCGAUCUCGAGCCUCCGAUCGAACAGCUAGGUAUUGAGAUGGAGCAGGAGGAAAACGAGACGGUGAGCGACUUCAGCGCGCACUUCAGCCAGAAGCUGAUGGAAGACGCGGGAGUCAACUACACGACGCUGCUGGAGGAGGACCUGCGGUGUGGGGGCGCCGUGCUCGCCACCAACCUGACGUACAAGACGCUCACCGAGCUGGCGGCCGACUGCAUGCUGCAGAAGUGCAGCUUCCGCGAGGGCGGGCCGGAGCUCUGCCCGCCGGACUUCAAGGAGAGCGACGACCGCAUCUUCUGGAUCUAUUUCCUGCUGCGGUUCGUGGCCACCAUCAUGCUGUCGGCGGGGGUCACCAUGCUGGACCCCAUCGCGCUCACCAUGAUCCAGCGCUAUGGCGGCCAGUUUGGCCGCGAGCGGCUCUUCUCCUCCAUCGGCAUGGCCAUCUUCUCCCCGAUCAUCGGGCUCAUCAUCGACCAGAGCAGCCGCAACGGCGUGACCGACUACUCGUCCGCGUUCUACGCGUACGACGUGCUGCUGGCCGUCUCGUGCGUGACGCUGGCGCUCAUGCCCAUCGGCGGCGGCAUGCCCGCCGACAACAUCCUGCAGGACCUGCUGCGCCUGCUGCGCAUGCCGCACGUCAUCUGCUUCAUCGUCUUCCUCUUCUGGCUCGGCAACUUCUGGGGCUUCAUCGAGAGCUUCCUCUUCCUGUACCUCAAGGAGCUGGGCGCGCCCAACUACCUGCUCGGCAUCACCGUCACCGUCGGCACGCUGAGCAGCAUCCCGUUCCUGUACGGCGCCGACAAGAUCACCCACAAGUUCGGCCACGUCAACGUCAUCGUCCUCGCCUUCUUCUCGCACGCCGCCCGGCUCAUGGGCUACUCCUUUAUCGAGCGGGCGUGGUGGUGUUUCCCCUUCGAGGCGAUCGAGUCGCUCGCCGUGCAUCUCAUGUGGGUGGCUGCGGCCACCUACUGCAGCAUCCUCGCGCCCAAGACCCUCCUCGCCACGCUCAUCGGCGUCCUGGGCAUGGCGCACUUCAGCUUGGGUCGCGGCUCCGGGUCGUUCGUGGGCGGGCUCCUCAUCGGCACGGUGGGCACCCGCAAGGCCUUCCGUAUCAUGGGGCUGCUGGCGUGCGCGGGCGGCGCGCUCUACGGCCUGCUGCACCUCUUGUGGCUCAAGAAGUACGACAAACAGAUGGACAAGGACCUUGAAGAGGGCGAGGGAGACCGGCUAAACGGGGACGGCGACGCGGACGGCGACGCGGACGACGAGGAGGAGGGCCCCAUCACCAAGAUGUCCCUGGAGCGCCUGAGCCUCAUGAUCCAGUUCAACAUGCGCGGCUCCGUCACCUCCCUGGACGGGCUGCGCGGCGCUGCGGGGGGCACCUCCGUGUCGCGGCCCGACUUGCGCUCCUCUCGACAGUCCAUCGAGCGUCGCGGUUCGGCUGUCGAGAACUACCGGGCCGGCGGCAGGGGCAGCGUGUCGAGGACGGACUUGCGCAAGUCCGCCUUGGAGAUCAACCACCUCCAAGCCACUCUUCGCUCGUCGAACCCGCAGCUCAUCAGUCGUGCCCCUUCAAUCAAGGUGCUCACUCCCCAGGCGCUUCGCAAGAAUCAGCGCAACCUGUCGGUUAGCGCCCUCGGCCUGGAAUCAAGAAGGGAUUCGAUUCGUGAAGAGGAAGAGCAUGACGAGCCGAAACAGGUCCAGCCUGACGCCACGGGGUCAGAGCCCAUGAAGACUUAGGAAACAGGUGUAAUAAUUAAAGUUAACUAUUUCGAAAAUGCAGCUCUUUAUUGAUGAUCUGAAUCAAUAAAUACCGCCAUGCAAGCCAUUAGCAAACAUUCAAUAAAUCAACACAAUAACACGGUCUGCAGCCGCAUCAAAUGACACCACUUCAAAAACUCAAGCUACUUUCUUUGAGCCUAAUUUCUGUACAAAUAAUGUAUUAAAAUCUAUACCUACUUUGCAUUCGUUAGUGUACACCAAAAAUUACACACAGCUACUCAUAUGAAAGAUCAACACUGUUAACUUAAUGUUAAAUACCAAAAUUUGGGAGGGUAAACACCAAAAUUUUGUAGAAAACAAUAAAAGUGAAAUAAAACAUCAAAAAAACACUGAAUAUUUUUUAAAGAACAACAAUGGUUCUCAGUUCAUUUCAUCCAAAAAGUGAUGCGUUAGAAUCAAUUACCUUGGAAGACCUUGUGACACAAAAAAUGGUUGAAAAACACAUUGGCACGUGGUCACGCACAUGCUCCUUCGUCAUUGGCAAUAUCGAAUUUCCUCUGAGAGGAUUGAAUUUAAUCAUGUGUAGCUCAUAAUUGUAGUAGAACAAUGUUUUUAUGAAAAAAAAAAGAGAAAAAAAAAACA